UAGUUGUAAUUUCAUUUAAUAAAAUGGCUGACCAAAAUAGCAAUGAUGAAGAAGCAAAUAGCUCACAGCAAAGGAUGCAUGAUGUGGACAUAAAAACAUGUUGUUACAAAGACCACCCUCUAGUCAAGGGUAUGAAACUAAAAUGUAAUCACAGGAUUUGUAAAAGUUGCCACGAAGAAGCGAUGAAGAAGAGAUUUGAACAAAAGAAGCCUUUUAAAUGCCCAAGAUGCAUAAAUCCAAAAGCUUUUGAAUUGAUGAACGAUGAUAUUCCUCCUAACCUCCUUGGGCUUUUCAACAAACUACAGAAAUAUAGAGAUGUAGAAGCUAAGCUCCAUCUUCAGCACUGACCAAGUCCUGGUUGUGAGAAGUUGGUACAAGUCUGCAGCGAUGUACAAGGCGGUGAAAAUAGUUAUUUGGGAAAUGAACCUAGAGGAGUAACUUGUGAAUGAGGCCAUUCCUUCUGUGUUCUCUGCAAUAGGCCAAAACAUGAUGGGAUAAAUUGUGAAGAGUCUAAGGAGUUUUGCAGGCUAUAUGACAAUCCUAAUACUAGAAGAUGCCCUGAAUGCAAGAAUAUCUUGCAGGUGUGGAAUAUGAUGAACAAGAAGAAGGUUGAGUGCUUGGUUUGUGACACCAAGCUGGAGCCACAAGACAAGAUUCACCUCAGUCCUCUCGCAUUCACACUCACCUAUAUCUUCAUGGUAUUCAUCCUUCCAGUGUAUCUAGGAAGGAUGGUCUAUAAGAGACUUAGAGCAAGGUGGGUGAAAGACCCAGAAAUUCCAGAUGAUGAUUCACUUGAUGGAAUAGAAGAAAUCAGCGCUUCAUGUACCAAAUGUCUCUUAAUUACUGCUGCGGUCCUCAUAGGGAUCCUAGUCGGUAUUGGAGUAACCUUAGGAGGUCCUAUCUUCUGGAUCAUUGGUUACAUCAGAGUCUGCAAACUUCAUGCUGCACAGAGGAGAGAGCAAGCCAAGUUUAGAGAAGAGUUUAUUGUAAAGGAGGGAGCAGCAGAACCUUAG